CAAGAAAUCUAUGCGAUUCGCAUGGGGAUGAUUAUAUACCUGUCAUGUGCGCAGAUGAUAUUGGCUGCUGCCAUUUUUACAUCACAUGCAGGAGGCAAGUUCACACCAGAUUUUCACGGACCCCUUUGUUCACAACAUCCUCUUUUCGAUGGAGGAUGCAAAGACGUAUGAAGAGACGCAUGUGCACUCGGUGUACGAAGAGAUCGCUCUUCACUUCUCGUCAACACGAUACAAGCCUUGGCCCCUAAUUGAGCGGUUUUUAUCUUCACUCAAGCCUGGCUCAGUUGGUGUUGAUGUUGGAUGUGGAAAUGGUAAAUAUUUACCGAUCAACGAUGAUAUUUUCAUUGUGGCCUCCGAUCGGAACGGCAAGCUUGUGCAAAUUGCGAAGCAACACGAACCGCAUUCGGUGCUGAUAGCCGAUGUACUCGAUGUUCCACAUCCAGCUGCAAAAUUUGAUUUUGCAAUCUCCAUUGCUGUGAUACACCAUCUCUCUACACGGGAAAGGAGAGUUGCAGCUAUCAAGUCCAUUUUGGACCUUCUUCGGUGGGACGGAAAUACAAGCGGCACAGCGCUAUUGUACGUAUGGGCACUUGAACAAAGGUCUAGUCGCCGUGGAUGGGACGAAGGAGACCAACAGGACGUAAUGGUACCAUGGGUACUUAAGAACAAAGGACAGCAGCAGAAUAAGACUUACCAACGUUACUACCACCUUUACAAGAAAGGGGAGCUUGAAGAGGAUGUUGAUGCGGCCGGUGGCAAGGUCCUAGAUUCUGGGUAUGAGAAGGAUAACUGGUGGGUAUUAGCUCAAAGGACCACGAAAACUCGGGCUGAGAUGAAAAUGCUGGGGCGCAUAUACGCUCGUUCAAACCAAUGUAUGCAAGGAUGACGCCUCGUAGUUAUCCUUCUUAAGUCCUCCGAGGAAGCCGUGUAAUUUGAUUUCAUAGCUCGCGUUAAUUUUGAGGUUGUGCAACAGAUGCUCAUUUCCAACACCUCGUUAUACAAACUUGCCCAUAAAAAAGAACAACAUAGUCAUAUUGUUGGGCAAAAAAAUUCAAUUAAAGUAACAAG